AGCAACCCGUUCACAUGCGUUUGAGUCCAUCCAGAUGAGGUAAAGAGCCGCUCUGUAAGACGGACCGCGUCUGCAUGCAAGCGGGUUAUCAAGCAAACUAGCCGCACACACGUGUUGUAGCUACUUUCUUUCUGCUCUCUCCCUAAUAUAAAAUUAUAGAAACGACCAGCGUAAUUUAAUCAUCCACACUUUUCGUUGAAGUUGAAACCCAGCUGUGCCUCAUGAGUUUUGUGGAAUACUCCGAGCUCAUCCAAGAAGGGGAUGUUGUCAUUAUCUUCCUGAGUCAUGAUUCCAUGAUGCCUAUCAAAGUUCAGUCAGGAGCUCAGACGCAGACCCGCUAUGGGGUUAUCCGCCACUCCAGCGACCUGAUUGGACAGCGCUUUGGUACCAAAGUGACUUGCAGUAAGGGUGGUUGGGUUUAUGUGCUGCACCCCACACCAGAACUGUGGACUGUUAACCUUCCCCACCGAACACAGAUCCUCUACACGACAGACAUUGCCAACAUCACACUGAUGCUGGACCUCAAACCGGGCUCUGUCGUCUGCGAGUCAGGUACAGGCAGCGGCUCUCUGUCUCACUCUAUUUUGCGGACCAUUGCUCCCACCGGUCACCUGCACACAGUCGAGUUCCACGCUCAGCGAGCCGAGAAGGCCAUCCAGGAGUUCAAGGAGCACAAGGUGUCUCACCUGGUUACUGUUAGAAACCAGGACGUGUGCGCUGAGGGCUUCGGCAUCACAGGUGUAGCUGAUGCGGUCUUUUUAGACAUCCCUUCUCCGUGGGAGGCAGUCACACAUGCCAAGAGGGCCUUGAAACGCAAGGGAGGUCGUCUCUGCUCCUUCUCACCGUGUAUAGAGCAGGUCCAGAAGACUUGUGAGGCUUUAUUGAACCAUGGCUUUGAGGAGAUCUGCACACUGGAGGUUCUGCUGCGGGUGCAUGACAUUCGUUCUGUCACUCUGCCCAUACCAGACUUUGGACCAGAGGAGUGCUGUACUAACAGCACACAGAUGGCUUCAGAUCUUAAUCAAGAGGAAGUCCCAAACACUGGGAACACCUCUGUAAUCUGCAGGACUGCCAUACCACCAAGAGAAAUGGCAGGACACACUGGAUACCUCACCUUUGCUACCAAACCACGCGACUAGAAGCAUCGCUGAAGCCGACCACAGAUGAGACUGUUGUAGAGUGUGAGUAACGCAGAC